AGUGAAUGAUCACCGCCCUUUUUCAUUUGACCAGGAAGAAUAUUACAGCCUAUUUUACAUGUAUUGUCUUUGGUGUAGCCUUGUCUGAGAUUUCCAAACCCUUCUCCAGUCAAAAUGGUUAUUCGCAUAUUAGAGAUAAUUUAUUUUUUGUAUUUUGCCUCCCACAUUCCAAUAACUUUAUUCAUCGAUUUCCAAGCCUUACUACCGGAGCAUGUGUUCCCUCAAACGGUUAAACAAUUAAUGCGAUGGUACGCCGCUGAAUACAAAGAUCCAAUGAUGCUGGACCCUCCUGUGUGGUUUAAAUCCUUUAUAUUCUGCGAGGCUCUUGUACAACUGCCUUUCUUCCCUGUUGCUGCAUAUGCAUUUUGGAAAGGAGGCUGCAAGUGGAUCAGGACCCCAGCAAUUGUGUACUCGACGCAUGUGGCCACAACCUUAAUCCCCAUCCUGAGUUACGUCUUCUUCCAUCAGUUCCCUCAGACCCCCUAUCCUGGGCCUCAGACCAUGCGGGAGCGGCUCACUCUAAUGUCCAUUUACGCGCCAUACCUCAUAGUCCCUGUUAUGUUGCUAUUAACGAUGCUCUUCAGCUCUACAUAUACAGGGGCCUCUCAGGGAGGAAGGUCCAAAUCGAAGUCUAAGAAAGUAAAAUAGACGUCAUGUCAUAACUUCCUGUGUGUGACACAUGUGAAUUUGUGAUGUAUUACUUACAACGAUACAAAAUUGGUUUAGAGCAUGAUCUAUUUAUAAUUGUGGGAUCUAUAACAGCUCAGGUGUAGCUAGUGAGACACCGUACAGGUAGUGAAUAGAUGGCAGUAUCAUAACACAAUUGACUUUGCAGGUUUACAAUUCACUCAGAUUAGGCUUCAGAAUUGCUUCCGACCACUGCACAAUCAAAACUGUUCAAGAGAAAGACAAUGAAAACAUGAAUCUGCAAAAGAUUUAUUCAAGUAUAUUUCACUAUAAUGUGAAAUGUGUCUACAUGUCAUUACACAUAAGACAGAGGGGAUUUGUAAUUUUUGUACAAUUACUAUUUAUGCAAUAAACAAAAGCAAAAAAUGGUUGCAAAUUUGAA